AUGAGGGUUUUACUCAUCUUGCUCCACCUCGCGGUGGCCUUUGCGCUGGCCAUCGAACAGCAAAAUACUAUUACCAACAAGGUCCCGAGCAUCAUUCUGGUAGAGUUUACGGAAGGCGCACAAGAGAGCCCAGACGUUAUUUUCAACACCAUAGAACAACGCUUGAUCGACUAUGAAUGCAUAGUCACCCGCCGUCACACAUUCAGCUCCCCAUCCUUCCGCGGUCUCUCAUUCGGUUUGUCCUGCGAGGGAGACAGGCAAACAGUCCGGAGCGGAAUUCUGCCUAUGAUUCAAUCCCUAGACGAUAUCAAGAAGGCUUCUUCCGCCUCGCGGGGUCAUCAAACACCUCAACACAGACAGCAACGUUCCCAACAACAACAUGGAGCUCUCCCAGAAGGAACAUCGCAGAUGGUCAAACGACAAGGCACCACGACCACCAACGGUGGGUUGUACGAAUCACCCAUCCUGCCAACACACAACGACACAGGUGUAUGGCGCCUCCACGCCGAAGGCACCCUCGGAACCGGCAUGCGUAUCGCAGUAAUCGACACGGGCUUCGAUCUUGCUUCUCCUGGGCUUUCUCAAACGCGAGUGACGUAUAACUACAACUACGUUGAGGACGCGUUUGACUUUACGGGCGAUAACUGCAUCAACUUCUUGCAUGGGACGCAUGUGCUGGGUAUCAUAGCUGCCGAGAGCGAGGAAAGAAAGUUUGGCGUCGUGGGUGUGGCGCCGAAUGUGACGGUUGACUUGUAUGGACUUGAUCCGUGUGAAGGUGCUGUCCCGGGUGGGUUAGAUGAUUUUAUGGCUGCCAUUGAGAGUGCUAGUAGCAAGGGGGUUGAUCUUAUCAUGGUUGGGUACGGGAUCGGGCUUGCUUUUGAAGAGGAACCUGUCGCUCGUUUGGUCAGCCAGGCUGUUGCGAACGGAACGGCGGUGACGGUUGGGUCUGGGAAUGACGGGCCUGGCUUGUUCACGGGCGGAUCACCCGCCAACGCUCGAGGUGCUGCGGCGAUAGGAUCAGCGGAUAAUUCUGCGACACCGUAUUACACGUGGCGAGCCAACUUUACAUCUGGAGAUGAGGCUGGCUUUAUUCGUUACGCGCCGCAGUUCCCUGCUAAUUUUCCAGCUGGGAAUAACCUCACUCUAUGGAGUCCUGGUCCCGCGGAAGGGUUGCCGGAGGGGUGUAACCCUGUGCCGGGGGGCUUUGUACCUCCUACCGACCCGGCGAAUACGAUUAUGCUCAUCGAGGAAGAUCACUGCUGGUUGGGCCCUGGAAAUACGUCAACUCGGCUCGCGCUUGGGUUGGGGAUUCCGUACGUGUUACGGUAUCAGGCUGCGUCGGCCUCCGUCGUUGAUGGAAUGCAGUGGCGGCCUGGGUUUGCAGAGUACUCCAGGGAUUACAAGGGCAUUGCUCGUAUCUCCAAUGAGGAUGGACUCUUCCUUGCAGGAAUACUUUCCAACGGCUCUUCCGUACGGAUAUCCGUCCCCUCGAACAUCUCUGAGGCGCAGGAAGAGGUGCUCUACCGAGACAAUGACAUUUCAGGUGGUCUCGUUUCCGGAUUCUCCAGCUGGGGUCCUACACCCGAGGGUAAGAGUUAUCCGUCCUUCAUCGCGCCGGGGGAGAAUAUCCUUAGUGCUUUCCUGCCAAGAUUUGGGGGUGUGGCUGUUGUCGGCGGGACGAGCAUGUCGAAUCCGUUUGCCGUGGGCGUGUACGCCCUGGUGAAGGAACGGCAUCCGGACUACGAUCCGCAGCAGAUUCUUGCAGUGGUGGCCUCUACCGCGAAGCCGGUGCGGUUCAUUGAUGAUGUGAGGCAGAAGAAGGAGUUUUUAGCGCCAGUGUUCAGUCAGGGCGGUGGGCUUGUCGAUGCGUGGGAUGCCGUUCACACCGUUUCCGUUGUGAAUGUCUCGAGCUUGGACUUCAAUGAUACGGCGCAUCGUCCGGAGAAGCUGGACUUCAGUCUGAGGAAUACGGGGACGGAGACUCUGAAGUACAAGUUGAGUCAUUUGGGUGCGGCCUCGGGGUAUAUCCUGAGCGAGGCGGACCCGUACGGCCUGUCCGGCGCGGAAGGGCAUCCGAUGUAUGCGGACGUGGAUAUCUCGCCGGCAGAGGUGGAGCUUGUCCCGGGCGGAUCUGCAACCAUCUCGGUAUCCGUUCGGUCCAACCCAGCGCUCCCGGCGACGUCUAGGGGCAUCUCCUUCGGAGGCUUCAUCGAGAUCGUGUCCUCUGCGUCUGAGGCGAACACGCUCACAGUUCCCUACACAGGCUUCGGCGCCCGUUUGGUCGAUAUCCCAAUGAUCAACCCCAACGCAUCGCACCUCGUCAAAGUCGACCCCGACACAAAUAUCGACACGGAGGUAGCCCCCGACACACUCUUCACCUGCCUCUUCAACGGUACGAUCCCAAAGCCAGCGUGGCCUGUAAGCUGCGACCUCGGCUUCCCCGGGUUCAGGAAGGUGUUUGUCACCGCGAGCCGGGAGUAUACCUACGACCUUGUCAGCGCCGACACUGGCGAGGAUGUCUUGACUGGAACGUUUAGGGGAGGGGCAGAGAAUUGGGCUGCGCCGUCGAGUUGGUGGGUUUGGGAUGGGUCGGAGGAGGAUAGGAAGUAUGUGCCUCCCGGUGCGUAUUUUUGGAGGGUGAGGGCGUUGAGGUUGAAUGGGGAUGUUGGAAAGAUGGGGGAUUGGGAUGUUUGGGACAGUGGGCGGUGGAGGUUGGCUUAUGAUGGGAGGAGUAUUGGGCUCCCUGGGAAUGGGACGAUAGGCUAG